UGAAUCCCUGUCUUGGGUUCCGCGAUGCGCUGCUGGGCUGCUGUUCGCCAAUACUGACGCCACCGAAUGCCCUUCUACUACUCUACUCGCCUGCGGUGCCGCCUUCGUGUUAACCGGGGAAGUCGUGUGUUCGGGACCCGGCAAUGAACGGGCCGGCGAAUGGUUCGGCAGAGACGCCAGUGUGGGAGAGACCCUGGGGCUUGGAGGAGAUUAGGAGGAGCAGCCAGAACUGGUCCCUGGGUGCUGAUGCGGGGCUCUUGAAUUUCCUCCGGGAGUUCUCUCAGCAAACCAUAUCAAGGACACAUGAAAUAGAGAAACAACUGGAUGGGCUCAUUCGUGAAACAAAGGCCACAGACUGUCGUCUACACAAUGUCUUUAAUGAUUUUCUUAUGUUAUCUAACACUCAGUUCAUAGAAAAUAGAGUGUAUGAUGAAGAAGUUGAAGAUCAUGUUGUUAAGGCAGAUGCUGGGAACAAACCUGAACAGGAGAAAACUCGGGAGCAAAAGGAAGCAGAGCUGAUUCCAAAAAUACAGGAAGCUGUAAACUAUGGACUGCAAGUACUGGAAAAUGCUUUUGAGCAACUGGAUAUUAAAGCAGGGAAUUCUGACUCGGAGGAAGAAGAAGUUAAUGAGCGUGUGGAGCCUAUAUUAGAGCCAAAGGAUCUUUAUAUAGACAGACCUCUGCCGCUUUUAAUUGGCUCCCAACAGUUCAUGCAGCAAGAAGAUGUUGGCCUUGGAGAUCUCUCAAGUGAAGAGGGAUCGGUGGACAAUGAUCGGGGGAGCAUUAUUGACAGUGAAGAUGAAAAAGAUGAUGAGGAAUCAGAAGAUGAUUUUGACAACAAUUCUGAGGAGGAAAAGAAAUUGCACUCCACAUUAAGUGAUGAAGAUGAAGAUAAUGGCUCAGACCUAUUUGGUGAUUCUGACAAAGAAGAAGAGGAAGAAGACAAUAAAACUACCAAAACAAGAACAAAAUCUUUUGCUGAUGAACUGGCUGCUCGAAUACAAAGCGAUAUCCCCAGGACACAGGAAUCCGAUCAAUCAUCUGUUGCAUCUCUGGAGGUGAAAAAAAAGAAAGAAAAAGAUAAGAAAGAAGUAAAAAAACUUCCCUCAGAUGAUGAAGAUGAUUUUUUCAAACCACCCAAGCUUACCGAUGAAGAUUUCUCACCUUUUGGCAGUAAAGGAGGGCUUUUCAGUGGUGGAAAAGGACUUUUUGAUGACGAUGAUGAUGAGGGUGAUAUCUUUGCUGAUGUCCCCAGCAAGGAAGUCAAAAAAGCAGAACCAAGUCCAUUGAUAAAUUCAGAGACAGCACAUUUGAAAAAGAAGCCACCUGUUGGAGGGGUCUCUCUUUUCCCAGGUGGAGAAAAUGUGAUUGGGUCCUCAAUCCUGGCAGAAAAGGAUAAAAAUAAAUCUACAACUCCUACACAAGAUGUUGCUCCCAAGCCUCCACCAAGCUCAAGUCUAUUUGACGAUGAUGAUGGUGCACUGUUUGGGUCAUCCAAUUCUAAUCACACUACAAAUAAACCAGGAAAAAGUCAACCAACAACUGAUCUGUUUGCAGAUGAUAAUGAUUUGUUUCAAGACAAACCUGUUGCCCCUAUUCUAGCAAAGAACAAAGUGACAAAAGAGAAUGAACCACCUAAGGAGAACAAUAUAGAAAGCAAGAACCAUCAAGUGCCUGUUGAAAAAUCUAAACCCCUUGAAUCUUCGACAAAAAAACAAACCAAAGGUCUCUUUUCUGAUGAGGAUGAUUCCGAGUCGGAUCUGUUUUCCCCCAUUCCAAGUGCCAGUAAGAGUAAAACAGCCACCUUACCAGCAGCAAAGACAGGCAAAGCCUUGUCCCUGUUUGAUGAUGAAGAUGAAGAGGAUUUGUUCGCUUCUGUACCAGAUAAGAAGCAGACAGCCCCUGUCACAAAGCCAGCACAGCAAAACAAAUUAACUUCUGAAGAGAAGGCUCCAAAAUCAGGCCUCUUCAGCAGUGAUGAAGAGGAUCCCAUCGGAACCUUAAAUCAAAAAAAUACAGUUGAAAAAACUCAGCCUGCAAAAGCUGCAGCAGUUGUAUCAAAAGGAACGAGGGAAGAGCCAUUGGGGAAGAAGUCAAGUUUGUUUGAUAAUGACACAGAUGAUCUUUUUGCAAUCACAAAAGAGAGUGAAAAGAAGCAUAAUCGUGUUUCACUGUUAUUUGAAGAUGACAAUGAAGGAUCUUUAUUUUCUUCAGUAUCUACAACAGCUGCUUCUACAAGCCAAGCUCCUGUAAACACCAUAGAAGAAUCUAAACUACCAGAUACUCAUGCACUCAUCUCUAAGAAGGAAUCUUUGUUAACUAAACCAACAAAAACAGAGGGUCAAAAAUCAGAGCCUGAACCACCAGUAAGUGUCUGUGAGAAUAAGGAACCAUUGCAGGAAAAUAAAAAGGUGAAACAAGCUGUUUUCUCAGAGCCAGGGGAGGAUAAUCUCUUUGCAGCAUCCCCUCCUGCCGAUAAACAUGCAAAAAUCAAAAGUAAAAAUGUGCUAAGUCUCUUUGAUGAUGAAGACGAGGACUUCGAAAAUCAUACAGAUAAAACUAUUACACAAAGAAUACCUGGAAAGGUCUCCUCCGAGACGAGCUCCCACAAAAAGAGAACAGGCGUGUUCCAAGAUGAAGAACUUCUGUUCAGCCAAGAAUUACAGAAAGACAAUGACCCUGAUGUGGACCUGUUUGCUAGCGCUAAAAAGCCACCGUCUGAAAAACCAAGCCAUACAAAAUCAUCAGCUGGAAUGGGCUUGUUUGGGGACGAUGAGGACGAUGAUCUUUUUAGUACAGCUAAACCAAAAAAGCCUCCGAAAGUGCCAGAGAAGAAACCAGUGAACAUAAAAGAAAAAUCUGAUGCCAUUAAAGAACCCCCCAAAGCAAGUGAAGUGAAAAAAGAUAAUCUUUUGAGGAGAGAAAAUGCAGAGUGUCCCGCAGAUUCUGUUUCAAUAAAAUCAAAGGGUCCCUCCUCUCGGAUUGGGAAGCUACAAGCAAAUCUGCAGAUUAACCCAGCUGCAAUGUUACCAGGGGCAGUCCCCAAAUUAGCAGGAGUCAGGCCUGCCAUUGUGGGCAUUUCACCACCACCCCUUGCAGAUACGAUGGACAACAGCACCUCGCCCACUGCUAGUACCGGCAUACAAGGAGUCAGCUUUGAAAGCCCAGCACAGAUUGAUACUCUUCACAGUGCAAAUAAGGCACGACCCAGGAAUGCCAGAAGGCGACCACCUACAAGAAUGGGCAGAAAACUUGCAUCACAAGACUCUGGUGAAACAAUUGACGACUCUGGAGUUUCACCCACCUCGCAUACGGCUGCUACCACGCCUGAAUUGGCACAAUUGAACUCGCACCAGCAAUUCGAUUCAACUGUUUCUAAUAUGAAGCAGUCACUGUCAGAGAAUGACGUACAGUCCAGAGUGAACACAAAAGUUACAACAAAACCUCUAACACCCAACAUAAAUGACUUGUUUGGGUCUGAUCUUUUUGCAAAACGUUCAUUACCCCCUGCUGAUGCCUCAAAAAAGCAAGAUGGUCCUCCUGAUAACUCAUCUGCAAACAAACCUGGGCUGGGGACUGGAACUAAAUCUCCUGCUUCAGUGAUAGAUGAGCAGAACAGCGAUGACGACCUUUUUCAGACAGUUAAACAGAAGUCUGUAAAAAUGCCCAAAGGGGCCUCAUUAGUGGAUAAUGAACCCAGCGAUGACCUUUUCAGAGUUUCAAAAUCCCAGAAGAAAGUGGAUAUAAAGACUGUCCAGCCUAAGGAAACAAAAUCAAAAGCCAGCAAUAUAUUUGAGGAUGACAUAUUCGCAACUGAAGUAGUAAAACCAGUAAAGAAAACAAAAGAAAAGAAACCACCAUCAGAAUCCAAUCUCUUUGACGAGAACGUGGAUAUAUUUGCUGAUCUAACUCAAAAAGGUAAAGAGAAGAAAGCUAAGAAGAAGGUUGAGCCCAAAUCAAUAUUUGAUGAUGAUAUGGAUGACAUAUUUGCAUCAGGAAGUGUAAAACAUACCAAGCAAAAAGCGAAACCCAGUGAAACUUCUGCGGAGGUGAAAUCUGAGAGCAACGUUUCCAGCAUAUUUGAUGACCCUUUAAAUGUUUUCAGCAAAUAACCCAACAAGUACAAAUCACAGCUGAGAAGAGUGAGACUGUUUACACUGAGCUCUAUAAGAUCUGUGAGCCAAUCAUUAAACUUAUUGCUUCAGCAAAAAAGUGAUCGAAAAGAGCAUUCUGUGGACACGUGCGGGCUCUCCAUUUUUAAAGCUCUUUUUCUCUCUCAUUUCUGUGCCAAACCUUCUCUUGUAGUGUAUGUGUUGCGACCAAAGCUCAUGAAUGGCCAAGUUUGUCUGGGCAUAAUCUGUCAAAUCUGGGCAUACAUGACUGUACCCAGGGUUUCAUAGCACAGUGAGCAGCCUGUGAAUGUGGGUUAAUUGUUCAUGCUUUGUCAUAACUUUGUGUAUAGCCAAAAAGGAAGAGAGUCAUUUCUAUCUGUCCUUCUAAACUUUUAGCAUAAAUCAGCACGGGUAAGCCAAUGAUCAUAUGUAUAUGAUAAUGUUUAAUAUGAACAUUAACCAGUACUUGACUUACAUUUGCUACUUAAGACUGCAUCUAAAUCGCAACAAGCCACAUAAAUUGGCUUUAAAUGCUCUUACACAUUUCAGUUUUAGCGGUAGGUGAACAAAUGGUUAUUAGCACUAAUAAACUGGAUUUUAUAUAAUAACGUUCAGUUACAAGUCUUUGAUGUGCUAUCACAGAAGAUAUUACAUUAUGUGUGAAUUGCUAAUGCAGUUAAACCCAUUGGAAGUAUAUAUUAUAUCCCUGUUUGAUGUAUGCUAGAAAUAUAUUUCUAUCUCUAAAAUUAACAGGUUAUCUGAAUUAUUAAAAAAAAAAUCUUUUAAACAA